CCAAUGCAAAGAAUCUGUCCAAAUACCAAACUCUAAAACCGCAACUAACUUUGAAUUGAAUGAUGAAUUAAGCGAAUAUAUAGUAUCCCUGGUCUAUAAGCUGAACCAAUCAUCGGAAAACCCUCCAUCUACCGUCACACUUGUCUUGCAAUGGACUGUUGCUGUUAGUGUAUAUAUCUGUUGCAUCACCAAAAAUUAAGCAUCUAUGAUUUACUUGGCUAGUAGUGUUUUUGUUCUUUGAAGAAAAUGAACCAAUCCCAGAAUACAAGCUUCCAAGCUGGCGAGGCUAAGGGCCAAACUCAGGAGAAGACCAGCCAGAUGGCAGACAAGGCUAGGGAUACUGCACAAUCUGCUAAAGAAUCAUGCCAAGAGGCUGGUCAGCAGAUGAAGGCUAAAGCACAAGGGGCUGCUGAUUCCAUGAAGGAUUCAAUGGGGAUGAACAAAUGAAACUGCCGGCUGAUCCCACCACACCUUACCCUGGGGUACUUUGAGCUUUUGAUUUUUCUGUUUCUUUGGCAACAUUUUCGUCAUUUUGCUCAUGUUUCCUUCUAGCUAAUUAAGAAGAAAAUUUUCCUUUAGAUUUUUCAGCUUCAAUAAUUUCUACAAGUUGUUGAGCCUUAUUAAUUGACAAUAAAUUUGGGUUGUGCUAGUGAUGCCAGCUACUUAGAAGUGGUAAGAGAUAAUAGGAAAAGUUUCCUAUUUCUGCCCAGAAAAGAAUAAUACAAAUGAUCCAGU